UUAGAGUCAAAAGUUCAAAGGACCAAUUUUUCCAAUGUAAAUAACAGAAGACAGUGCAACUCAACAAAUCAUACUCUAGAAACGCUCUAGAAUAAUCCGCCAAGGUUCAUUGUCUUCCCUCAGUUCAUCUCUUUCUCGCGAGUCUCGACUGUAUUGUAGUAUAGCCCACAUAUUAAUCUGAAUCUUGAUCUCAUUUUCACUUAAUUUCUUUCAAGUUUUCAAGAUUUCUCUUCUUAAUUCUUGAAUCUCGGUUUUCAACAAAUGGAUCAAGAAUUUCCAAUCCUCUCCUAUCUUUUGUCUCAACUUGAUCCCAACUCUCACCCACCACUUCCUCAAGUAAUUUAUCAGAAUCUGAUAACCCAGUUCCCUCAGUUAAACAACCCAAAAGUCAUUUCGUCGCUAACCCAAUCCAUCCCUUCAACUAUCAUCCAAUCCCUCUUCCUUCUCAAAGCACUCGGUCCUAGACCUGACCCAGAUGCUGUUUCCACUGCAAGAAUCAAGAUUCAAGAAUUGGGUGAAACUGGAAAGGAGGUGGAGAUAUACAAGGCAGUGGUGAGAAUGGAAGAGAUGCAUAAUGAGUAUGAAAGGCAGUUGAGGGAAGUCGAGGAAAGACUUUCUGGGGUUUAUAAGAAUGUUGUUGGUGAGUUUGAGGAUGUUAAAGUGAAUGAAGAGGUUGUUUCUAUAUUGAAACAAGUGGAGAGUGGUUCUGUUGUUGAAAGAGUUGAUCUUUCUGGUAGACAGUUGAAGUUAUUGCCUGAGGCGUUUGGGAAGCUUCAUGGAUUGGUUUUACUUAAUCUUUCUCGUAAUCAACUUGAGGUCCUUCCAGAUUCAAUUGCAGGGCUUCAGAAACUUGAGGAGCUUGAUGUUUCUUCCAAUCUUUUACUGUCACUGCCUGACUCUAUUGGAUUGUUGCGGACUCUUAAGGUCCUAAAUGUAUCGGGGAACAAGUUGAACUAUCUCCCUGAGAGCAUUGCCCUUUGCAGUUCACUGGUGGAGUUGGAUGCAAGCUUUAACAACUUAGUGUCUUUGCCGACAAAUAUUGGGUAUGGGCUGACAAAUCUUGAAAGGCUUUCAAUUCAGCUGAAUAAGAUUCAUAUCCUUCCACCAUCUAUUUGUGAAAUGAAGUCUUUGAGGUAUUUGGAUGUUCAUUUCAAUGAGCUUCAUGGCCUGCCAUAUGCAAUUGGGAGAUUGACAAAUCUUGAGGUCCUGGAUUUGAGCAGUAAUUUUAGUGACCUAACUGAGCUUCCUGAAACUGUUGGUGAUCUAGCUAACCUGAGGGAGCUCAAUCUGAGCAACAACCAAAUUCGAGCUCUUCCAGACACGUUUGGUAGGCUUGAAAAUUUGGCCAAUCUUAUCUUGGAUGAAAAUCCACUAGUAAUUCCUCCAAAGGAAAUAGUGAACAAGGGUGUUCAAGCUGUCAGGGAGUUCAUGCAGAAGAGGUGGCUGGAUAUGAUAGCUGAAGAACAACAGAGGAGAAUGCUCGAGGUAAAUCAGCAACAAUCUCAGACUGGAUGGCUGGCAUGGGGCAAUUCCUUGUUGAAUAACUUUGUUUCUGGGGUUUCUCAAAGUGUUUCAGGAUAUAUAGGAGGCACAAAGCCUCCCCAGGAUCCAUAUCUGGAUCAGCAGCUGUGAAUUUUAUCACAAUUUCUGGUUUUUGUAAAUUAAGAGAGUAUGCUCCUUUGCAGUAUCUAAAACUGUUGAGAUCGCAUUCAGUAACAUAGACUGAAUAUCAGCUUGUGCAGCUUGUGACUAUGUAUAUUAGCAAGCUAAGUGUGAUAGAUUUAGCCCUAGGGUACGUUUGGUACACCUUGGAAAUGGAUGUCUAGAACCAAGGAAUUCUAAAUCAAAUUUUUUUGAGAUAACUGGCAGUUGCAUGCAAAAUAGCAGGGGAAGAAAAUGGAAUUCAAUUGCAAA